AAAAAAAAAGGUUUUCCGGGAGGACAGCAGCGCGGAGAACAGGCCGGGUGUGUCCGGUACAGGCCCGAGCUGCCCGAGCUCUGCGCCGGCCCUGUGAACGCGGAGGCUGGGGGCGGGGAAGCUGUGUCUAGGUCAGCGAAGGGCACAGGAAGCAGGCCACCGACACUGGUCGCUUCUGGAUCCCUGCCCCGGGGCCUCUAGUGGGAAACCGAGUCGAGGAUUACAGAAGAUCCUCCGUCGUGCCCCUCACCCCAGAACCGCCUCAGGCAUUUCCGGCACACAAGAAUUAAAUUUUAAAUCAGCCUACAAAUAGGAUGGAAAGUUAUUUUAAAGCAGCAGUCAGUGAUCUGGACAAACUCCUUGAUGAUUUUGAACGGAAUCCAGAUGAACAAGAUUAUCUCCAAGAUGCACAAAAUGCAUAUGAUUCUAACCACUGUUCAGUUUCUUCAGAGUUGACUUCCUCACAGCUAACUUCACUGCUACCAAAGGAUCAACAAUGCAUUAAUUGUUGUGCCUCAUCAGAAACAGGCUAUGAAACAAAUCAGAUUUCCUUGAACGAAAAAACACUUGAGGGACUAACUUCUGUACAAAAUGAGAAAAAUGUAACAGGACUUGAUCUCCUUUCUUCUGUGGAUGGUGGCACUUCUGAUGAAAUCCAGCCUCUGUAUAUGGGGCGAUGUAGUAAACCUGUCUGUGAUCUGAUAAGUGACAUGGGUGACUUAGUUCAUGUAACUAAUAGUGAAGAAGAUAUUAAAAAAUUAUUACCAGAUGAUUUUAAGUCUAGUUCAGAUUCUUUGAUCGGAUUGGAUUUAUCUUCGAUGUCAGAAACUUUCUGUGCUUCUUCAACAGACCAUGGUAAUACUGUCAGAGAGGAACAGAAUGAUGUCAGCUCAGAAUUACAAAACAAAGAAACCAGUGGAACUAAAGAAUUUAGUAUAAAAGUAGAUACAACACUUUCAGAUUUGUGUAAUUACAGUGGAAAAGAAAUUUUAAAGGAUAAAACGAUCUCUAAUCAGAUGGAACCAGUUGUUGAUUUUAACAUGCCAGUUGCUUUGACUGAACAAAGUUCCAAAGUGUUUGAUGCCAAAGACCACCUACAACACAAGAACCAGCCAUGUGAAUUAGUAAAAGCUGAUGGCUGUUUGGUAAAAGAAGAGGUAGAUGUGGCCGUUGUAGCUGCCACAGAUUGUUUAAAAGAAGGAGGCAGUGCAAAUGCUUUGUCUUGCAGUCCUCUGAAAAAUGGAGGUUUAUGCUUAAAUGAUUCAAAUUUAAGAGAUGAAAAUUUCAAGUUACCUGACUUUUCCUUUCAGGAAGAUAGGAGUGCUAUAUUUAUAAAACAAUCUGCAACAGAAGAGUCAAGUAAUUUAGAUCUUCAAGAUAAUAAAGAUGUAAUCCAGGAUACCACUUCAACUUUGUGUGUUUCAAGUGAAAAUAUGUACUCCUCAUUGUCCUGUCUUCCAGUACCUGGGUCUUUGUGUGGAUCAUUAAUUGGAAGUAAAGUGCAUGAUGAUUAUUUACCCCAGAAUGAGUAUAAAGAUAACAUAAAAGAUGUAGUAACUGUGCAUGAAGAGGUGGAAGAGAAUGUUGCUCCAGGUGGGGAACCUUUGAAGGAGACUGAUCUUCUGAAACAGGAAAAAUGUAAAAACAUACUUCAUCAGCCACUGAUUGAAAAGAUGGAAGAUAGAAAGGUAGAUUCUGACCAGAUGGUAAUUGUAGCUGAAUCUUUGAAUCACCCUGAUAACAAUUCUUCUACAGCUGCAGAAUCUCAAGUAGAGCUUUCUGGUGCUAAUGCCCCAGAGUCUCCUGAUCAUUGUGAAGGUCUCCCUUUUUCAAGCAGUGAUAUCGAUGGGCAAGACUUAGAUUACUUUAACAUUGAUGAAGGCAUGAAAGGUGGCGCACCAAUUAGCGAUGCUGAACUUGACGCCUUUCUAACUGAACAGUAUCUCCAGACCAGUAACAUAAAAUCAUUUGAAGAAAAUGUAAAUGACUCCAAAUCUCAGAUGAAUCAGAUAGAUAUCAAAGGCCUAGAUGAUGAUGGAAAUGUCAAUGAUAUAUAUUUCAAUGCUGAGGCAGGAGCUACUGCGGAAAGUCUUGGUGUUAGUAUGAUUUGUGAAACAGUUGAUAAACAGAAUACAACAGACAAUGGUAGCCUUUCUCUAGGGGAAAAAAGUACAGUUCCAGUUGAACAAGGGUUAUCUAGCACUAAGUCUGAGAUUACAAAUGAUUUACCAGUCUCUGAUAUUAAUAGUCAAUCUGUUCAUGUUGGAGGGGCCAGACCAAAGCAAUUGUUUAGUGUUCCAUCAAGAACAAGGAGUUCAAAGGAAACAUAUAAGCCAGAUGUUCCAAAUAUGCUUGAAAGUGAACCCAGGAUAGCAAAUACCUUUGUUGCAGCCACUUGUACUACAGAGAAUGCUACUGACCCUCAGGUUAGCUUCAAUUCUAAUUACAUUGAUAUAGAAAGUAAUUUUGAAGGUGGAUCCAAUUUUGUUACUGCAAAUGAAGAAUCUCCUUCUGCAAACACUUGCAAAGAAGGCCUUGUUUUGGGCCAGAAACAACCUACUUGGGUUCCUGAUUCAGAGGCUCCAAAUUGUAUGAAUUGCCAAGUGAAAUUUACUUUUACGAAACGGCGACAUCAUUGCCGAGCAUGUGGAAAAGUAUUUUGUGGUGUCUGUUGUAACAGAAAGUGUAAGCUGCAGUAUCUAGAAAAGGAAGCAAGAGUAUGUGUAGUCUGCUAUGAGACUAUUAGUAAAGCUCAGGCAUUUGAAAGGAUGAUGAGUCCAACUGGUUCUAAUCUUAAAUCUAAUCAUUCUGAUGAAUGUACCAACAUCCAGCCUCUUCAGGAGACGCACACUUCCAGUAUACCUUCUCCUGCAGCUUUGCCAAUCUCAGCACUUAAACAGCCAAGUGUUGAAGGAUUGUGCUCCAGAGAGCAGAAGAGAGUAUGGUUUGCAGAUGGCAUACUUCCCAAUGGCGAAGUUGCAGAUACAACAAAAUUAUCAUCUGGAAGUAAAAGAUGUUCUGAAGACUUUAGUCCUGUCUUACCUGAUAUGCCCUUGAUGGUAAACACUGUGGACCAUCCUACUACAGUGGAAAAAUCAGACAAUGAGAUAGGAGAUAUUAUAAGAAAUGAGAUAAUUCGAAGUCCUGUUUCUCAGAUUCCAACUGUGGAAAAACUGCCUACAAACACAGCAGCUGAGGGCUUAUCUACUUCUGGUUCUUCUGCACUAGAUGAUGAUGUUUUUUCAGAAAUUGAGGAACCAUCAAGUUCUUCUGGUGUUUUGGUUAACAGCAAUGUACCUGUUGCUAGUCCUUCAGAUUAUAGGUUAUUGUGUGGUAUUGACAAGAGUGUUUGCAAUAAGAUUAGUCUUCUACCUGAUGAUGAUGACAGCUUGCCCCCUCUUCUGCUUACAUCUGGAGAAAAGGGAUCAGUGCCUGUAGUAGAAGAACACCCAUCUCAUGAGCAGGUUAUUUCGCUUCUUGAAGGCGAAGGUUUUUGUCCUGUUACAUUUGUCCUAAACGCUAAUCUGCUUGUGAAUGUCAAGUUAGCAUUUUAUUCCUCAGACAAAUAUUGGUACUUCUCAACCAAUGGAUUGCAUGGCUUGGGACAGGCAGAAAUUAUUAUUCUAUUAUUAUGUUUGCCAAAUGAAGAUACUAUUCCUAAGGACAUCUUCAGACUAUUUAUCACCAUUUAUAAGGAUGCUUUAAAAGGAAAAUACAUAGAAAACUUGGACAAUAUUACCUUUACUGAGACUUUUCUCAGUAGCAAGGAUCACGGAGGAUUUCUGUUUAUUACACCCACUUUUCAGAAACUUGAUGAUCUCUUAUUACCAAGUAAUCCUUUUCUUUGUGGAAUUCUUAUCCAGAAGCUAGAGAUUCCCUGGGCAAAGGUUUUUCCUAUGCGUUUAAUGUUGAGAUUGGGUACAGAAUAUAAAGCAUAUCCUGCUCCUUUAACAAGUGUCAGAGGCCGAAAACCUCUUUUUGGAGAAAUAGGACACACUAUUAUGAACUUACUUGUUGACCUUCGAAAUUACCAAUAUACCUUGCAUAAUAUAGAUCAGCUGUUUAUUCACAUGGAAAUGGGGAAAAGUUGCAUAAAAAUACCUCGGAAAAAAUACAGCGAUGUAAUGAAAGUAAUAAAUUCUUCUAAUGAACAUGUCAUUAGUAUUGGAGCUAGUUUCAGUACAGAAGCAGAUUCUCAUCUAGUCUGUGUACAGAAUGAUGGAGUUUAUCAAACACAGGCCAAUUGUGCCACUGGCCAUCCUAGAAAAGUGACAGGUGCAAGUUUUGUGGUAUUCAAUGGAGCUUUAAAAGCAUCUUCAGGGUUUCUUGCCAAAUCCAGCAUAGUUGAAGAUGGCUUAAUGGUACAAAUUACCCCAGAGACAAUGGAUGGCUUGCGGCUAGCUCUACGAGAACAAAAAGACUUUAAAAUUACAUGUGGGAAAGCUGAUGCUGUAGACAUGAGAGAAUAUGUGGAUAUCUGCUGGGUAGACUCUGAAGAAAAGGGAAAUAAAGGUGUUAUUAGUUCAGUGGAUGGAAUAUCAUUACAAGGAUUUCCAAGUGAAAAAAUAAAACUGGAAGCAGAUUUUGAAACUGAUGAGCAGACUGUAAAGUGCACUGAGGUGUUCUACUUUCUGAAGGACCAGGAUUUAUCUCUUUCAGCAACUCGUUAUCAGUUUGCAAAAGAAAUAGCCAUGGCUUGUAGUGCUGCACUGUGCCCUCAUCUGAAAACUCUAAAGUGUAAUGGAAUGAAUAAAAUUGGCCUCAGAGUAUCCAUUGACACUGAUAUGGUUGAAUUUCAGGCAGGAUCUGAAGGCCAGCUUCUUCCUCAGCAUUAUCUAAAUGAUCUUGAUAGUGCUCUAAUCCCUGUGAUCCAUGGUGGGACCUCCAACACUACUAGUUUACCAUUGGAAAUAGAAUUAGUGUUUUUUAUUAUAGAAAAUCUAUUUUAGUGAAAGAAUGUGAGUCAUAUUAGAUACUGCAAAUGAGUUGUUAAAACUAACUCCAAGCAUUAAAGCUGAAAUGCCACAGACACUAAGUAAAUAUGUUUGAUGUUGAAACAUGUAAGCUUUGCUUUUUAGGCAGAAAUGAUCUGUUUAAAUCAUUAGCACAAUAUUUAAAUCUCCAAAAAUUUAAGAGAUCCACAGUUUUUGAAGCUUUAUACGUCAUACAAAUACUGAAAAAGACAAGGAUUUCUUUUAAGUAGCAUUUACUGUGUUAUUUAAAUGCCAAGCCAAAGUAACUGUACUUGGGUAUACCUCUUUACGCCAAGAAUGAUUUUAAUGAAGGCUCUUUUCAGAUGUAACCUUUUGAGGGAAACACCUGUUUUGUUUAUAUGCCAGUUGUAUUACUGGUUUCUAAAGUCUGUUAAAAUUGUCUGGAUCAUAAAACUUAUAUGAUGACUCUUUGAAUAAGACAGAUAACUUAUUUGUCUACUUGGAGUGGAGACCUACCUCCAUGAUUAGAUAAACUGAUUAUUUGCAUUAAAAUCAGAAUUUUGCUUUUUUUCUUUUCAAAUCAUUAUAAUGUAUGUACACACACACACACACAUAUAUAUGGUUUUCUCUUUAUUAAAGGGUAUUCUUAAAAUAAUUGUGGGUGCUUCAGGAUUUUGUGCUUCUGUAUUUAAGUAUAUUGUUUUUAUAGCAAGAACAUGUGAUUUGGUAUGUGUUUUAUAAAUCUUUAAUAAUUUAUAUAUAGGUAAUAUUUUUGUAUUGCAGUGCAUUAUUUUUCCUCCUUUCCUUCCAAAGUAUACCACUGUAUAUACCACUUCUAAGAGUGAUUUGACGACAGGCCAGAUGACCCUUGAAGUAGUCAUUAUGUAGCAAUAAAUGAACCCUGAAACAGGUUUUUGUUUUUGCUUUUCCUUUAAAUCCUAGAAGUUUCUUGGUAAGUCUGCAUAUUUUCAUUGACACCAAUGUAUUAAAUAGAAAUUUUAAUGAACUGCUUACUUUUGCAUAUUUUAAAUCCUUUAUACAGUAGUUAUUUUUUAUAAUAUGAUAUUAACAUAAGUUAAAUUCUGUGUAUUUGAAACUGUUACAGAGCUUUCUUCUUUAAAUAGCAAAAUUUUUGAAAGGAUGUUGUGUUAAAAAAAUAAAGGUCAUAUUUUAGUUAAUCCUAUCAUUUAAGUUAUAUAAAAUAUAAUCAUUAUUUUAAUGCUUUUUUUAUUCUAAUGUAGAAUAUAUGUUUUUGUAUCAAAAACACUCCUGUGUCUCGAACUAUACUAAAUAGCCCUGUUUUAAGAAAUGUAUUUAUGAAGCAUCUCAACUUGAAGACUAAGUCAGGGUUAUAACUCAGGAUAUUAGAUCUCAGGCUAGGAGAGACUGAGAAUUUGAAUCAGUUUGUUCAUACGGUUCCUACUGAAUCACAUCUGUAGUCCUAGCCAAAGACAGUAUGGAGGAAAAUAUCUGUCUUUUUGAAGUAACUGCGUCAUAAACAAUGUACAGAUGUUGCAGAUAUUAAAUAAAAUGAUAACAAUAAUUUGUGAAA